AACCAAAAGAAAAGAUUAAAAGUUUGGAGAAAGUGUGAAGCAGAAUAUGUAGCUAAUCUAAACCAAGACUAUUAAUUUCUUAAGAAUCUAUUUAUAACUUAAAAAGUAAUAAAUAUCCUAAAUGAAAUCUUAGUCCAAGUUCAGGCUCUAAAAACAAGAGCAAUAUACAUGGUUAUUCUUCUUCUUCUUAAUUCAUGUUGUGCUUGAUUUUGCUAUAGUUUUAUGGUUCAAGUGAUGCUGAAAUCAGAAAGAUCGCCCCAUAGCAACCUUCCGAUAAUUCGAAUACCAGGUGAUGGUAGAUGUAUGUUCAGAUCAGUGGUCUAUGGCGCCUGCCUCAGAACAGGAGACCAACCUCCAAGUCUCACCAAGCAAAAAGAACUUGCAGAUGAACUCAGAGCUAAAGUUGUGGAUGAAUUCAUCAAGAGAAGAACAGACACUGAAUGGUUUCUUGAGGGUGACUUCAACACCUAUACAAUGCAAAUGAGAAAGUCUCAAGUAUGGGGAGGAGAGCCUGAACUUCUCAUGUCAUCACAUGUUUUACAGAUGCCUAUAACAGUGGUGAUGCAGGAUAUGAAUUCCAAUAGCCUUAAAAUUAUAGCUGAGUAUGGUCAAGAGUAUGGAAAAGAGAAGCCUAUUAGAGUUAUGUAUGAUGGUUAUGGGCACUAUGAUGUAUUGAAAUGUUCAACAUGAUCUAAUACUGCAGUUUAUUGUAACCUAGUGAUUAUCUGUAUUAUAACUUGACUAUGUGUUUCAAUGU